AUCAGAAGUUCUCAAAUAAUGGAUCGUACUAAAAACAAUAUUCUCCAAAACAUCCACGAAGAGAUGGACAAAGGUACAUUCAAUGACCUUGACGUUGUCUGUGAGAAUGGGACAACGAGUGCAAACCGGUUGGUCCUGGCCGCGAUAUCGUCUUACUUCCGGGCGAUGCUGACAUCAGACAUGACAGAGAGUCGGACGGGUGUCUUAAAUCUGCCCACUGUCUCGGUGUCGGUGUUCCGGGAUGUUCUCAAGAUGUCUUUGUGUUCAGUGGAUCUUGUAAACGAAGAGAACUGCGUCAACAUUUUAGAUGCGUGUGAAAUGAUGCAGCUUGAUAACAUCAAAGAUCUGUGUCAUCGUUACCUUAAGGAAAGUCUCGUGCUCAAUAUUGAUAACUGUCUACAUUGGUGGAGACUUAUGAACCGCUACAAUGCUCCUGGUUUGUCCAACAGAGCAGUCUCAUAUCUAACAGAAAACUUGACCGACUUUGUUGAAAGAGAAAACAUUGUUCAUUUGUCAAAGACAGAACUUCUAGAAAUAUUGUCUAAAGAUGACUUGAAAUGUAAAGAAGACGUCAUUAUGAAAGGUGUCAUGAAGUGGCUUGAAAGAAAUAAUCCGGAUACAGAUGAUGUAAAACAUAUAUUUGAAAUGAUCAGGAUCGAUCUUGUUGAUCCAAAGUUCCUCGUUGAGAAUGUGGUAUUUUCAAAAUUCGUCCUAGACCAUGAUCGUGUUAAGCUAAUGAUUACAAAUGCAAUGCGUUCGCAAGAUCUGACAUCAGGUUGUAACAGCAGAUUUCAUAACACACGUGUAGAUCUCUUUGUUUUACAGUACACCAACACUUCACUUCUGUCUUGUUUUACAUCAGAAGGGACAUGGGAAGACGUUCCACCUGCUCCAGUAGAUCCUGGUUCUUGGUAUUCAGCAGCAAGUCUAGGUAACACGAUCUACAUUACUGGUGGUAAGAUUAGAAGAAAAUGUACACUCGUUUACGACGUCUGUAGAAGAGAGUGGGAAACAGGUCCAAAUCUCGAGGAAGAACGUCAUUGGCACUGCAUGGCCACAACUAAUUCUAAAGUGUAUGCAAUUGGGGGUAAGUACAGCAACACGAUUGAAGAGAUGAGCGAGAGUGAAACACGAUGGCAGGUGUUUGGUGAUUUGAAUCAGAAGAGAGAGAUUGCAUUCGCUGCUACAGUUGGACACAACAUUCUGGUAAUGGGUGGACGGAGUGGAGGAAGACGAUCAGAUGUUAUCCAGUGUUUCAAUACAGCGACUCACUGUGUGUCUAACCUUAGCUCACGUUUACCAUACAGCUCGGUGUGUCUGAGAGGUUCAGUUCACCUCCCUGAUGUAUAUCUGCUGGACUAUGGUGGAAACAUGAUGCACGUCCAGGUCACUGACAGUGAUGGUGAAAUCCAGACUGAAGUCAAGGCGACAACGAAAUGGCGAUCAUUUGAAUAUUGGUUUGGCGUGUUAUGGCAGAACGGAAGCUUGUUGUCCUUCAGUGGCUUGAAAACUAAGUGUGAAAUUAGAAAAUACAACCUGGCUGAAGGGAAAGAGGACAAUAUUACUUUUCUAAAAUCAACGAGAAGUGGUAAUGUGUAUGGUGUUCUGCCAGUGUAUCAUAAAGCAUAA